AUGAACUCUUGGGACGUGAGCUUGGCUUGCCUGCUGGUGGGAAUGAUUGCUGUUUCGCUGCUGUCCAACGUGGUGGUGCUGAUCUGUUUCCUCUACAGCCCUGACAUCCGCAAGCAAGUGCCAGGGCUCUUCAUCCUUAACUUGACCUGCUGCAACUUGUUGAUGACCGUGGUCAAUAUGCCCUUGACCUUGGCCGGGAUGCUUAAUAAACAGCAGCCAGGAGGAGACAGACUCUGUCACAUCGUGGGCUUCCUAGAAACCUUCCUGACCACUAACUCCAUGCUGAGCAUGGCCGCCCUCAGCAUAGACCGCUGGGUCGCCGUGGUCUUCCCUCUGAGCUACCACUCCAAGAUGCGCUACAAGGACGCUGCCCUCAUAGUGGGCUACACGUGGCUGCACUCCAUCUCCUUCCCCAUUGCCGCUCUCUCCUUGUCCUGGCUGGGCUUCCAUCACCUCUAUGCCUCCUGCACCCUGUACAGUAAGAGGCAUGAGGAGCGGGUUCCUUUUAGUGUUUUCACUGGGGUUUUCCACGCCCUCAGCUUCCUCCUCUCCUUUGUCGUGCUGUGUUUCACGUACCUCAAGGUGCUCAAGGUGGCCCGAUUCCAUUGUAAGCGCAUUGAUGUGAUCACCAUGCAGACCCUGGUAUUGCUCGUGGACAUACACCCCAGUGUGAGAGAACGCUGCCUAGAGGAACAGAAGAGACGGAGACAACGGGCCACCAAGAAAAUCAGCACCUUCAUUGGGACGUUUCUGCUUUGCUUUGCACCAUAUGUAAUUACAAGGCUGGUAGAAUUAUCCUACGUUGGCCCCAUCAGUUAUCACUGGGGAGUCUUGUCCAAGUGUUUGGCUUACAGCAAAGCGGCAUCAGACCCCUUCGUGUACUCUUUAUUAAGGCAUCAGUACAAGAAGUGCUGGAAGGACAUACUGAACAGGAUUCUCAAAAGAGGUUCCAUCAAUUCCUCAGGCCUCACAGGGGACUCACACAGUCAAAACAUUUUGCAAAUCACAGAAUGA